AUAUAUACCAGUCCCUGUCAUAGUCUUCCUCCUCCUACUCCUCUCUUCUUUCCUUUCCUUCCUCCGCUUCCUUCCAACCCCUCAUUCGACUCAUUGCAUCCUCAUCCUCGCCUUCUCCAUUCCAGCUCUGUAUUUUUCUUUUCCUUCUGUGUUUGUUGUGCUCUCCCUUACUUCCUUGCUUGCAUAUUCCCUAUAUCCCAUCCUUUCUCAAUUGCCUCCCCCUUCUCUCAGAGUCUUGCUUUUCUCCCAGUUGACCCCACAAAACGCGCCCAUCUCUAAUAUCCCAUUGACCUUCGCAACUAUCCCAUCAUGACCACUAACGUACAGUCCUUCAUUGGAGGAAACGCAUUAGGGAGUGCACCAGCGGGUGCCGUCCGUGACUUUGUGAGCCAACAUGGGGGCCACAGUGUGAUCACAAAGAUUCUGAUCGCCAAUAACGGUAUCGCUGCCGUUAAGGAGAUCAGAUCUGUGCGCAAGUGGGCGUACGAGACCUUUGGAGACGAGCGUGCGAUCCAGUUCACUGUCAUGGCUACGCCUGAGGAUCUCAAGGUGAACGCCGAAUAUAUCCGUAUGGCCGAUCAGUAUGUUGAGGUACCGGGAGGCUCCAACAACAACAACUAUGCCAAUGUCGAUCUCAUUGUCGAUAUCGCCGAGCGCACCGGAGUCCACGCUGUGUGGGCUGGUUGGGGGCAUGCCUCCGAGAACCCCAAGCUUCCAGAGUCCCUUCGCGACAGUCCCCAGAAGAUCAUCUUCAUCGGUCCCCCUGGAUCGGCCAUGCGCUCGCUCGGAGAUAAGAUCUCCUCCACCAUCGUCGCCCAGUCAGCCGAUGUCCCCACCAUGGGCUGGUCCGGUACGGGUAUCAAGGAGACCACUAUGGAUGCCGACGGCUUUGUUACUGUCCCCGACGAGGUCUACCAGGCUGCCUGUGUCACCGAUGCCGAGGAUGGUCUGCAGAAGGCCCAUACCAUUGGCUUCCCUAUCAUGAUCAAGGCCUCCGAGGGCGGUGGAGGAAAAGGUAUUCGCAAGGUUGAGGAUCCCGAAUUGUUCGCCCAAGCCUUCCAGCAGGUCCUAGGUGAAGUUCCCGGAUCGCCAGUGUUCAUCAUGAAGCUGGCUGGCAACGCUCGUCAUCUGGAAGUUCAGCUCCUGGCUGAUCAGUACGGAAACGCCAUCUCCCUGUUCGGACGUGAUUGUUCUGUCCAGCGUCGCCACCAAAAGAUUAUUGAGGAGGCCCCUGUUACCAUCGCCAAGCCCGACACGUUCGAAUCGAUGGAGAAGGCCGCUGUUCGUCUGGCAAAGCUGGUCGGCUAUGUAUCUGCAGGAACCGUCGAAUAUCUUUACUCUCACUCCACCGAUACCUUCUUCUUCUUGGAGCUUAACCCAAGACUUCAGGUCGAGCAUCCCACUACCGAAAUGGUUUCCGGUGUCAACUUGCCUGCUGCCCAGCUCCAAAUCGCCAUGGGUCUCCCUUUGAACCGCAUCAAGGACAUUCGUGUGCUUUACGGUCUUCAGCCCACUGGAACCUCGGACAUCGAUUUUGAGUUCGCCGAACAGAUUUCGUACGAAACUCAGCGCAAGCCUGCUCCCAAAGGCCACGUUAUCGCUGUCCGUAUCACGGCCGAGAACCCCGACGCUGGCUUCAAGCCCUCGAGCGGUAUGAUGCAGGAGCUGAACUUCCGAUCUUCAACCAAUGUCUGGGGCUACUUCUCAGUCAGCUCAGCAGGCGGUCUGCAUGAAUUUGCGGAUUCCCAGUUCGGACACAUUUUCGCAUACGGCCAGGAUCGUGGUCAGUCUAGAAAGAACAUGGUCGUUGCUCUUAAGGAGCUGUCGAUUCGCGGUGACUUCCGUACUACGGUCGAGUACCUCAUUCGCCUUUUGGAGACCCAGGAGUUCGAGGAGAACACUAUUAACACUGGCUGGCUCGACAGCUUGAUCUCCAAGAACCUGACCGCCGAACGUCCUGAGACUAUGCUUGCGGUCGUGUGCGGUGCUGUGAACAGGGCCCACGCCAUCUCAGAGAAUUGUCUCAAGGAUUAUAAGAAGUCGCUAGAGAAGGGACAGGUGCCCAGUAAGGAUGUUCUUCGCUCCGUGCACCAGCUGGACUUCAUCUACGAUGGCGUUCGCUACAACUUCACCGCCACCCGAUCAGGUCCCAACUCCUAUACCUUGUACCUGAAUGGUUCCAUGAUCUCGAUUUCUGUGCGUCCAUUGACCGACGGCGGUUUACUCGUUCUCUUGGAUGGCAAGGCACACACCACAUAUUCGCUAGAGGAGGUUCAGGCGACGCGUUUGAUGGUCGACGGUAAGACUUGCCUGUUGGAAAAGGAGAAUGACCCCACUCAACUUCGCUCUCCCUCUCCCGGAAAGCUUGUCCGUUACCUGGUUGAAUCUGGCGACCAUGUUACUGCUUCGCAGGCAUAUGCCGAGAUUGAAGUUAUGAAGAUGUACAUGCCCUUGAUCGCUACCGAAGAUGGUAUUGUGCAGUUCAUCAAGCAGCCCGGCACCACUCUCGAGGCUGGUGAUAUCAUCGGUAUCCUCAGUUUGGACGAUCCUUCGCGUGUGCGCCAUGCCAAGCCAUUCGAGGGCCAGCUUCCCCCGAUGGGUCAGCCCACGCUUUUUGGCGCCAAGGCCCAUCAGCGCUACCGUGAGCUGCGCCAAGUCCUGGACAACGCCAUGGAUGGAUACGAUAACCAGGCCAUGGUUCAGCCCACACUUAAGGAGAUCAUUGAGGUGCUCCAGAAUCCCGAACUCCCCUAUCUCGAGUUUAACGAGGUCUUUGCUGCCUUAAGCGGAAGACUCCCCCCUAAACUGGAGUCUGCCUUGCAUCAGGAGCUGGACCAGUCCAUGAAGAACCACGAGCACUUCCCUGCUCGCACUCUUCAGGCCUUAAUCGACUCGCACGGCCGUGCUAACUUCACUAAGCCUGCUGACAUCUCGUCCUUCCAGGCUUCAGUCGCGCCCCUGACCAACAUCAUCAAUGAGUACCAGGAUGGCCUCAAGACUCAUUCGUGGAGCUUCAUUGCCCACUAUCUCAACAAGUACCACGAGGUCGAAUCACUCUUUGAUGACUCUGCGCGCGAGGAGGAGACCAUCUCGGCUCUCCGCGACCAAAAUAAGGAUGAUGCCGAGAAGGUUAUCCAAAUCGCCCUCUCCCACUCCCGUGUUACCGCCAAGAACAACCUCGUUUUGGCUCUCCUGGAUCAGAUCAAGCCCACGUCGGCUGGUGGCGCUCUGGACAAGUUCUUCUCGCCUGUGCUCAAGAAGCUGGCUGAGCUCACUGGUCGCCUAACUUCUAAGGUGUCUUUGAAGGCCAGAGAAUUGCUGAUCCACGUCCAGCUGCCCAGCUUCGAGGAACGUCAGCUGCAAAUGGAGAAGAUUCUCCGCUCCAGCGUUACUGAGGAAGUCUAUGGCGGUGAACACGAGGCGCGUAUGCCCAACUUUGAGAACAUCAAGGAGUUGGUCGAUACCACUUAUACCGUUUUCGAUGUCCUCCCCAACUUCUUCUACCACGAGUCCCUCUACGUUCGCGUUGCUGCCUUUGAGGUCUACUGCCGCCGUGCAUACCAUGCAUACGAGAUCUUGGACAUUAAUUAUCACAUGGAGCACCAGCCCUUGCUUCUCACCUGGAAGUUCCUGCUCAAUACCCCUAACAAGUCGGAAUCCGGCCCCAACCGUGUUGCUAGUGUCAGUGAUAUGAGCUACUUGAUCAACAGAGCCGAUCCUGAGCCUGUCCGCACUGGAGGUAUCCUUGCUGUUCGCGAUAUCACCGAGCUGGAGAGCCGAUUCGAGAGCGUGUUGAAUUUCUUCCCCUCGCACAAGUCCAACAAGCACUUGAGCCAUCUCGCUACUGCCAGUGUCCACAACAAUGUCCUGAACGUCGUGAUUAAGUCCGAGUCCAUUCAUCCCAACGACGACAACUACUGGCUGAACUUGCUGAGCCCCAUUGUUAAGGGACAGACUGAGCGUCUCCGUUCGCACGGUAUUCGCCGCAUGACAUUUUUGAUCUUCCGCCAGGGCAAUUACCCUUCGUACUUCACCUUCCGUGAGCGCAACAACUACUCGGAGGAUCAGACCAUUCGUCACAUUGAACCCGCUAUGGCCUAUCGUCUGGAGUUGUCUCGUCUCUCCAACUUUGACAUCAAACCCUGCUUCAUCGACAACCGCCAGGUCCAUGUCUAUUACGCUGUUGGCAAGGAGAAUACUUCGGAUUGCCGAUUCUUUGUCUGCGCGCUAGUCCGCCCUGGUCGUCUGCGUUCGAGCGUUCGUACUGCAGACUACCUGAUCUCGGAAACAGACCGUCUGGUGAAUGACAUUUUAGAUGCUUUGGAGAUUGUUGGCGCCACCUACAAGCAGAGCGACUGCAAUCACUUGUUCAUCAACUUCAUCCCCACCUUCCAGCUGGAUGCCAACGAGGUCGAGUCAGCCCUCAAGGGAUUCAUCGAUCGUCACGGCAAACGUCUCUGGCGUCUCCGUGUUACUGGUGCCGAGAUCCGUUUCAACGUUCAGUCCAAAUCUGCCAACGGUGUUGAGGCCUCGGACCCCAUCCCUCUGCGCUUCAUCAUCUCAAACGUGUCUGGUUAUGUCCUGAAUGUCGAUACUUACCGCGAGAUCCAGACCGAGAAGGGUACCAUCUUCAAGUCCGUCGGAGCUGCAGGGCCCUACCACCUUCUCCCUGUUAAUCAGCCCUAUCCCACCAAGGAGUGGCUCCAGCCCAGACGUUACAAGGCCCAUUUGAUGGGUACGACCUACGUCUAUGAUUUCGGCGAGCUCUUCCGCCAGGCUAUCCGAACCCAAUGGAACCAUGCGAUCAAGCAGAACGCCUCGCUCAAAGCCCCCUCUCAAGUUUUGGAAAUGCGCGAGUUGGUGCUGGAUGAGAGACAGGAGUUGCAACAGGUCGUCCGUGAGGCUGGAUCGAACAACUGCGGUAUGGUCGCCUGGAUCUUCACGUUGCGCACGCCCGAAUAUCCCGACGGUCGCCAGAUCAUUGUGAUUGCCAACGAUAUUACGUACAAUAUUGGUUCGUUCGGUCCUGAAGAGGACUUUGUCUUUUACAAGGCCUCGGAGCUCGCUAGGAAGAUGGGUAUUCCUCGCGUGUACCUCUCUGCCAACUCGGGAGCGAGAAUCGGACUGGCCAACGAAGUGAUUAGCCUGUUCAACUCGUGCUGGAACGAUCCUGAGAAUCCUUCCAAGGGAUUCAAGUAUUUGUAUCUUACCGAUGCAGGAUUGAAGCAGCUGCAGGCUCAGGAGGAGCGCGCUGGCAAGAAAAGCGUGAUCACGGAGACGGUUGAGGAAGAUGGCGAGACGCGCCACAAGAUUACGGACGUUAUUGGUGUUGUCGAUGGCCUUGGUGUCGAGAACCUGCGCGGAAGUGGUUUGAUUGCUGGAGCAACCUCGCGUGCCUACGAUGAUAUCUUUACUAUCACCCUAGUUACCUGCCGCUCUGUUGGUAUCGGUGCCUACUUGGUUCGCUUGGGUCAGCGUACAAUCCAGAACGAGGGUCAGCCCAUCAUUUUGACUGGUGCCCCUGCUCUGAACAAGGUCCUCGGUCGCGAUGUCUAUACUUCUAACCUUCAACUGGGAGGCACGCAGAUCAUGUACAAGAACGGAGUCUCACACUUAACGGCCCAGAACGACUAUGAGGGUAUCAGCAAGAUCGUCAACUGGCUCGCCUAUAUCCCCGAACGCAAGGACGCCCCUGUUCCCAUUACCAUCAGCAACGACACUUGGGAUCGUGACAUUGAGUACUUGCCUCCCAAGGGUGCAGUCUAUGAUCCUCGCUGGAUGUUGGCCGGUAAGGAGCCCGAGGAGGAGGGUGCAUCCUUCCAGUCCGGAUUCUUCGACAAGGGCUCCUUCACUGAGACCUUGAGCGGAUGGGCUCGCACCGUUGUUGUCGGACGUGCUCGUUUGGGUGGUGUGCCCAUGGGUGUGAUUGCAGUCGAGACUCGCUCGGUGGAGCACAUCAUUCCCGCCGACCCUGCCAACGGCGACUCUGUGGAACAGGUUCUGAUGGAGGCUGGUAACGUCUGGUAUCCAAAUUCGGCCUACAAGACUGCGCAGGCGAUCAACGACUUCAACAAGGGAGAGCAGCUGCCGUUGAUGAUCUUUGCCAACUGGCGUGGAUUCUCCGGUGGCCAGCGUGACAUGUACAACGAGAUCUUGAAAUACGGCGCGUUCAUUGUUGAUGCCCUCAGCUCGUACAAGCAGCCAGUCUUUGUCUAUGUGGUGCCCAACGGAGAGCUCCGUGGAGGUGCCUGGGUCGUCGUUGAUCCUACCAUCAACGAGAACAUGAUGGAGAUGUAUGCUGACAAGCGCGCCAGAGCUGGUGUCCUCGAGCCCGAGGGUAUUGUCGAAAUUAAGUUCCGCAAGGCCCAGUUGUUGGUGACCAUGGAGCGUCUCGACGAGAAGUACCGUACCUUGAAGGCUCAGUACGAGAACCCAGCACUCGCAGGGGCUGAGCGCGAUGAAAUCAAGACAAAGCUGACAGAGCGCGAGCAGGAACUCUUGCCCGUUUACCAGCAGAUAGCCAUCCAGUUCGCAGACCUGCACGACACCGCCGGUCGCAUGAAAGCUAAGGGCACGAUCCGUGAAUCACUCGACUGGACGAACGCUCGUCGCUACUUCUACUGGCGCGUACGCAGAAGAUUGGCUGAGGAGUAUGUCCGCCGCAGGAUGACCAUUGCCAACAAGGACCAGGCCCGUGAGGAGCAGACCAAGGCCCUGCUGGCCUGGUUCGGUCGCGACACUGUGCAUUCGAGCGAGAACGAGCUGCGAAAGAUCUGGGAGUCUGAAGAUCGUGUUGUGCUCGAGUGGUUCGAGGGUCAGGCUCAGAAGGUCGAUGCUUUGGUGCAGGAGCUGAGCACUUCGGGUACUGCAAACGAAAUCUUGAGGAUGUACACCUCCAACCGUGCGGGUGUUGUCGAGGGCUUUGACCGCAUUCUUGAGAGCAUGACGGAUCAGGAGAAGCAAGACAUCAUGGCCAAGUUCUCUACCAUGGCCGUCUAAGGGACAUAUUUACCGCCAUCCACACAGAUAUACAUUUACAUAACUUUUACAUAUCAGCGCAAUAACAUUAUUAGGGUAGAAAGGGAUUUAGAAGUAGGAAAGCACUUGUAAAAAUACAUAAUCAUUUAACA